AUGUCAUAUAUUAGAAAAAGCAUUUUUGCGUGUGCUCCAACCACCACCCGUGGUCAGGCCGUUCAAUUAGGUUCUGAUCCAAAAGGAGAAAACUUUUUAUAUACGAAUGGAAAAACCGUUAUUAUUCGUAAUUUAGCUAACCCAGCUGUAGCGACUGAAUAUACUGGGCAUUCUGUUCAAGCUACAGUGGCGCGUUAUUCACCAAGUGGAUAUUAUGCAGCUUCUGGCGAUAUACAUGGCAAUGUUCGUAUAUGGGAUACUACUCAAGAAGAAAAGAUUUUAAAGAAUGAGGUUAAAGUCAUUUCUGGAAAGAUUAAUGAUAUUGCUUGGGACUCUGAGAGUAAAAGAUUGAUUGCUGUUGGUGAUGGUAAAGAACGAUAUGGCCGUGCAUUUUUGUUUGAUACUGGAUCUUCUGUUGGAGAAAUAAGUGGUCAUACUAAAGCUAUUAAUAGUGUCAGUAUUCGUCAACAACGUCCAUUCCGUGCCGCAACAUCAUCCGAUGACUUUUCUGUCGUAUUUCUACAUGGGGUACCGUAUAAACAUAACUUAACCAUAAGGGAUCACACAACAUUUGUUCAGGGUGUAAAAUUUUCUCCUGACGGUGAAAAACUAGUGACUGUAGGGUCAGAUAAAAAGGUGUUUUUGUAUGAAGGGAAAACUGGUAGCAAAUUAUCGUGUCUCUCAGAUGACGUUGCAGCUGAUUCUCACAAAGGUAGCAUUUUUGCUGUUUCAUGGUCACCCGACGGCAAGCAACUUCUCACUUCGUCUGGUGAUAAGACUGCAAAAAUCUGGGAUCUUGAAGCACAGAAAGUCGUACAAACGUUCGGGUUUUCUGAUACGAUUGAUGACCAACAAGUUGGUAAUCUUUGGGAAGGUGAAUAUAUCAUUAGCCUAUCACUAUCCGGGGACAUUAACUACCUUGAUCAGAAAUCACCAUCACCUGUAAAGGUGGUUAAAGGCCAUCAAAAAGCAAUUACUGCGUUUACGAAAAGUGAAGAUUCUACAUUAUUUACAGGAAGUUAUGAUGGACGGAUUUAUAUCCUUUUAAAAACAGGGAAUUCAUUCAAUUUUGAUAUAUAUUUAAACUGUGCUGUAGUAGGUGGAAAUACUCAUACCAACUCAGUUACUCAAUUGGCUUCUAAAGGGAAGAAUGUGGUUUCUGUCGGCAUGGAUGAUACUGUUAGAAUGAUUGAUGCUGAUGUAAAAUCAUUCGGUACAUCUGUCAUUCCAACCGGUGCUUUACCGAAAGGUAUUGCAGUUUCUGAGAAUAAGAUAGUAGUUGCUACUAUAAAUGAUAUACAACUUAUCAGUAAUGAUAAGUGCAUAUUCAGUAUUAAAGUACAAUCCCCUCCUGGUGCCAUUGCUAUCAAUCCUGCAUGCACAGAAAUUGCUGUCGGCAGUGAAGAUGCAAAGGUCCGAAUAUAUAAGUUAAAUGAGGAUAAGCUUGAAGAACAAGAGGAAACAUUAUCGUCUAAUAGAGGUGCUAUCACAACUAUUGCGUAUUCUCCUAAUGGUUCCUUGCUCGCUGUUGGAGAUUCUCAAGGAAAAAUUUAUGUAUAUGAUGCAAAUAGCAAAACGGUCACUAUUUCAGGGUGGGUCUUUCAUACUGCCCGUAUCUACUCUAUUGCUUGGUCACCAGAUAGUCUUCAUUUAGUCAGUGGUUCUUUGGAUACUAAUAUUUAUGUAUGGAGUGUUGAAAAACCAUCAGAUCGUAUUGCUAUUAAAGGUGCACAUCAGGUCAGUGUAUCUGGAGUAACAUUUUUAGACAACAGCACAGUGUCUUCCGUUGGACAAGAUGCAUGUUUGAAAACUUGGACACUCCAAUAUCCUUGA